GCAAUCUGUCUGAGAAGUUUCACAGUCCCUACCUUUGUCUAGCUGACCUGUGCCACCAUGUCCUUCUUGCAGCAGACCGUCUAUCUGGGCAUGGCAGAUGACUCGACCCAACUCAAUCAGGGCACUGUGAUUCCAUACCCGCUUUUCAGUGCCGAUGGGGAUGCAGGCAUCUUGGAUAAGGCCAUCAAGGCCAAAGGUGAGGUUGUCUCACACACACACACAAAUAAUGUUUGAAUGUGUUUCAUAGCAGAGAAGCUUAGGUGAAUAGAACUCACUCCGUGUGUAACAUGAGGCAGCAUAGAAGGAUAUUCGGAGGGAAUGUGACCGUGUGUACAUUUCCGGGUCCGUGUUUUCAUUGUCUCUUGCUGGGGAGUAGUCAGAGCUGCCUAACCGUAAGCCCGGGGCCACACACACACUUAACGUUCAUAAAGAAAUUGAUAAGGGCUCAUGGAUUAGAGUAUGCAACAACAUUUCUUAUUGAACAAGUCCUUCCAUCUUGUCUCUGUGACGUAGGUGUAGAUGAGAACACCAUCAUUGAUGUGCUGGUGAAGAGGAGCAACGCCCAGAGACAGCAGAUCAAAGCUAGCUACCAAAAGGCUAGUGGCAAGCCUCUGGAGACUGCCCUGAAGUCGGCCCUAAAUGGAGAGCUGGAGGAUGUGGUUCUGGCACUGCUCAAAACGCCAGCCCAAUAUGAUGCCCAACAGCUCAAACUGGCCAUGAAGGGAUUGGGCACAGAUGAGGAUACUCUGAUUGAGAUUCUGGCCUCCAGGACCAAUAAAGAGAUCAAAGAGAUAAAGAAAGCCUAUCAGGAAGAAUACAAAAACGAGCUGCAGAAUGACAUCAAGUCUGACACAGGCGGAGACUUCAGAAAUGCUCUGCUCUCGCUCUGCAAGGGUACUAGGAAUGAGGACUUCAUCGUGAACCAGGAACUUGCUGAAAGUGAUGCCAAGGCCCUGUAUGAGGCUGGAGAGAAGAAGAAGGGAACGGACUGCUCUGUCUUCAUAGACAUUCUGACCACCAGAAGUGCUCCUCAGCUCCGCCAAGCGUUUGAGAAGUACUUCAAGUACAGUAAGGUGGAUGUGACAAAGGCUAUCGACCUGGAACUGAAGGGAGACAUUGAGAACUGUCUGACUGCCGUAGUGAAAUGUGCUGGAAGCAAGCCUGCUUUCUUUGCUGAGAGACUCAACUUGGCCAUGAAGGGUAAAGGAACCAGGACCAAGAUUCUGACCCAUGUCAUGGUGAGCCGUUCUGAAGUGGACAUGGCCCGGAUCAAACAGGAGUACAAGAAGACGUUUGGGAAAACCCUCUAUCAGGACAUUCUGAAUGACACCAAUGGCGACUAUGAGAAGAUCCUACUGGCCUUGUGUGGAAGUGACAGCUAACUUUCUCUCUUCUCUCACCUAGCAAGAAUGGCAUUCACACCAUUUUAGAAAACUGUACAUGAUGAAACAUUCCCCUCCAAUGCCUCAAUGUGCACUUCCCAAAAUGCAAAAUAUAAUGGUUCAUGACAACUAUCUGAAAUGGCAGUCCUGAUGUAUUUUUGCUAAAUGCUAACAGCAAUAAGCACAGUUAGCAUGUUAAGCAGCAUUGCAUAAUUUAGCCUAGCUUCAGCAGACUUGGUGAUCUAUUCCAUAGUGCAAUAUAUCACACACUUAACCAUUUGUGAGCCAAGAAUAUACAGUGGCAUUGUACCCUGGUUGAAUAACUGGUCCUUUGUGAAAAUAAAGCUUUUUAUGUGGAUCCA